UCUAAAAUUUGUUAAAUAUCUAUGUUUUUUUUCAAAAACACUUUUUAUAUUAAAAAUGCUUCUUAGAAUUAUUAUGAAACAUACUCUUAGUCAUAACCCAUAAGAUUUGUAUUUUUUUACUUUUUUCUUUUUAUGGUCAGAGGUUAUAGAGGUUAUGAGUUAAAAAAGCAAAGGGAUUCAUUGUACCACCAUUAAUGAUAAUAGUAAAUCAAAUAUUAUACUAAUAAGAAAAAAAGAAAAGAAUUAUUGAAAGUCUGCAGAGAUGUGCUCUUUUAAGAGAAUGGACAAAAGUUGAUUGCACCAUAGGUUGCAUCACUAUUGGAUUUAAUGGGCCUUUCUGGAGGCCCAUCCCACCCAGCUAGAAAACUUGCUGGGCUAAGAGGAAUGUUCUCAGUGCGGCCCUUGGGCCCACUUGGGCUUGGUUCACAUUUCUGAUGGGGGUACUUCUUAAUGCUUGGAAGUAUAUCCCUUUUAACAAAAAUUGCCCAUUGACAAAGUUUAAUAAUCAUUUUAAAAAAUUUAGAGUAACAAUUCAAGUAAUUCUUGAACUGCUCACAAAAAAAUCUGUGCAGAGUGAUGGGGAGAUCUUGCUCUCACUGGUGGCAUGCACCAGUCUACUUCACCAUCUCCAUAGCCCUAGCUUUCAUAGCAAUCUCCACACCUCUGCAUUCCAAUCUCAAGAAUGCAGCAUCUCCGCCACCCUCUAAUUCCAUCACCCACCACCUCUUAUCCAAUGCCUCCCGAGCUCUCCGGCGAUCAGGCUUCACCGUCAUCGCCACUCUUCUUCAGGUCUCCCCUGAACUAUUCCUUUCUUCUCAUGAAUAUUUCACCAUCUUUGCCAUCAAAGACUCCGCCAUCUCCAACUUCUCCCUCCCUCCAUGGCUCAUGAAACACCUCUUUCACUACCAUACCUCUCCUUCCAAGCUCUCUAUGCACGACCUCUUGGAGAAACCCCCAGGAAGCUGCCUCUCGACGCUUCUGCAACACAAGAAACUCUCAAUCACCAAGACUGAUGCGACCCAGAGGUCGGUGGAGAUCAACCAUGUCUUGGUGUCUCAUCCUGAUGUCUUUCUUGGAGGACCUAUCUCAGUUCAUGGCGUUCUUGGGCCAUUCUCUCCAUUGAAUCCCCAAGAUUUCCAAGAAUCUCAAUGGGGUUCUAUCCAAACACCCAUCUGUGGUUCCAACUCCAGCGUUGUGGAGUUCAGGAACUUGGUGGAGUGGCCUAAGAUCAUCAGAAUGCUGAGCUCAAACGGUUUCGUCUCUUUCGCAGUUGGACUACACACUGUUCUUGGUGGGGUUGCUCAAGAUUUCACAAGCUUGAGCUGUGCCACCAUCUUUGCCCCUCCAGACUUGGCUCUGUCAGCUUCUCCUUCGCCAUUGCUGGACAGAAUUGUGAGGUUUCACAUACUUCCUCGGAGGCUUUCGUAUAUCGAACUCGCUUCAUUGCCCCAGAAAGCAAAGAUUGGAACCCUUCUCCCUGAUCGUGAUCUUGAGGUUACUGGAAGAGUGAAGAACUCUUCUCAAGUGUUGGUCAUCAAUGGAGUAGACAUAGUGGCACCUGAUGUUUUCUCAUCCAAGAAGUUCAUCAUCCAUGUAAUAUCUCGAGCUUUCAAGCUAGCUGAGCUUCCCAAUGCCUUCUGAUUUAGUACGUAUAGGUGCUGGUAAUGGCGAUUUAUGAUUUCCAUCCAGUUCAAUUCAUCUUUUAUGGUUUUAAAUUCAAAGAAAAAUUGGUUCUACA